AGCAUGUAGCAACUUGAUCUGGGUGUGGAGAUCCAAAGUCAUACCGUUGAUCAUCAUCACAUAAUACGUCCUUGCUCUUCAUUACACCUCUGAUAAGAUAAAGAACGUGCAUUGAUUACAAGUAUUAGGCAGAUGGAGAGAUAAAAGGAGAUAGUGAUUAUAUAUAUAUAACCCUAGUAGUCACUAUAAUCCUUAACACUGUAUUGCAGCACUGAACAUCAACUCCAUCUCGCGGUACAGCUAUGACACAGAUCACAUCUGUGCUCUCCAAUGGACUCAAAUCCAUCAAGUCCAAUGCACUUAACACGGAUUUGAAUGCCCAGAUGUCACAGGUCCGUGAUGUUCAUUCCCACGUUCCUAUCGACGCCCGUCUUGCUGAGAAGGAACACCUGGAUGAUGACGAGCUGCUGGCCCUUGCUGGUUAUAAGCAUGAGCUGGUUCGUCAGUUUGGUCCUUUCAACAUGAUUGGUGUUGCGUUCUCUAUUAUGUCGGUGCUUCCGUCCAUCGCAAGUGUCCUAGGCCAGAUCUACACCGUCAACAACGGUGGCAUCUGGGGCUGGGCUGUUGCUUCCAUAUUCAUCUUUGGCGUUGGCCUGUGUAUGAGUGAGCUGGCGUCCGCCAUUCCAACUGCUGGUGGGUUGUACUAUUGGACUUAUCACUAUGCUCCUGACUCGUUGCGUAUUCCACUGUCUUACCUCGUUGGUAAUACAAAUUCUAUCGCUUUGACUAGUGCUCUUUGUUCCAUCGACUAUGGGUUUGCCAAGGAGCUGCUUUCCAUUGUCUACAUCGCCAAGGAUGGUGAUUUUGACAUCUCACGAGGCAUCGUGUACGGUGUCUACGCAGCGUGCAUCGUCUCUCACGUUGCAACAGCUUGUGUUGCAUCCUAUGGUGUGGCCAAGUUGCAGUCCCUCUCUGUCAUCUGUAACGUUGCACUUGUGAUAUUCUUCAUAUUCACGAUGCUGAUCGGAACAGAGACCAAGAACGAUGCUAAAUUUGUCUUUGGAACUGUUGAGAACCUCAGUGAUUGGGGGACAGGCUGGUCGUGGGUCAUGAAUGGGUUCAUGCCUGCGAUCUGGACCAUUGGUGCGUUUGACUCCUGUGUUCACAUGUCUGAGGAGGCUCACAACGCCACGAAGAACGUUCCAAUUGGUAUUCUCGGCUCCAUCGCAUCAACAGGUAUCUUGGGAUGGCUUAUCAUCAUGGUGUGCUCCUUCUGUAUCAACCCAGACCUGGCCAGUGUCAUUGACACUGGCUCUGGCCAGCCGAUGGCCCAGCUGGUGUACGAUUCUCUUGGGAAGAACUGGUCCAUUGCGUUCAUGGUUCUCAUAUGCUGUUGCCAAUGGCUCAUGGGAGCCUCCACCAUCACUGCGACUUCCCGUCAAAUUUGGGCCUUCUCUCGUGAUAACGGGCUGCCAUUUUCCUCUAUCGUGAAGGUUGUCAAUUCCAAGCUUAAAGUCCCCAUCAGAGCCAUCUGCUUUGCCGGUAUCCUUGCUUUGAUCAUCGGUCUUCUCUGUCUUAUCAACGAUACUGCUGCCAAUGCCCUGUUCACGCUCUACGUGUGUGGUAACUAUUUCGCAUGGCAGACACCAAUCAUCCUUAGAAUGUUCCGUCAAUGGUCAAAGGAUGAGUCUGUUCGUUUCAAGCCAGGAACGUUCUAUAUGGGCACAAUCCUCUCACCAAUUGUCAACAUCAUCACCAUCUGCUUCACAAACUUUACUAUUAUCAUGGCGAUGUUCCCAUCGUCACCAGAUGUUGAUAAGGAUACUAUGAACUACACAGUGGUACUCACAUGUGGAACAUGGAUACUAUCCAUGUCCUAUUACUUUGCGUAUGCCCAUAGAACGUUCAAGGGUCCAAGAAACACUCUCAGUAAUAACAAUAGUGCUUAUGAUGAUGAGAAGGCUGACACGGAUAAGAUCGACCACAUCAUUGAGGAGCAAGACGAUGUCAGCUCGCAGGAUUACCAAGGCUAGACAACAUCUCGAGUACAUUGACUUCAUUAAUAUUCGUUUUCAUUUGUGGUUUAUUAACAUUAGCGUGACAAAUAUACAUACU